ACGGGGCGUUCACGGGCAGCAACACGGCUAGUGACGCUGCCCGUGAACGUCCUGCACGUGCUCCUGCGGAUCAUAUCUGGUGUUUUGCUCUCGUAUAAGGAAUAACAUGUCGGAUAAUAAUAUAAACAGUUUAUUAACUGAAUGGGGAUUGAAUGCAGAAAUAAUUGCAAAUUUCGUAGCUCAAGAUAUUGAAAUAGAGCAAUUGGACAUCUUAACAGAGGAAGAUUUAAAAUUAUUAAUUCCACAAAUAGGACCUCGACGAAAAUUUCAAAAAAAUUUGAAGAAUUAUGUUUGCGAGUUACAAACAGAAGAGCAAGUACAUGUUAUUGACACUAAUCCUAAUAAAAAACUAAAAUCAGAUACAGAACAUCUAAAUAAAAAAGUUGUAACACAACAAGAAACUAUAAUUUUAACAGAGCACGAAUCUCAAAAUGCAGUAGUUCCAACAAAUCAGAGACCUCAAAAUACAAUCAUUACUACUGCGCAGCAAUAUACAAAUGUUGUAGCUGUUGAUCAACAACAUUUAAUCGAUGUAAAUAAUAUUCAGGAUAAUUGCUUAAUUACAAUAUCUGGACCUGACACAGGUUCAGAAUAUAGUGAUGUAUUGUCGAGUGAACUAAUUGAACAUGAUUUGAAUCAUGCAAAUAAUAGUGACAGAUAUGAUCUUGAAGCAUUAUUGAAAAAAUCCGAUGAUGGUUUAUUGUUGCUGCGUUCAUAUAAAAAUGAGGGCAAGUUAAAUAAUGAUUCACUAAAUAAGCUUGCAAAAAUAAUUGUGAGCAAUGAAUUAAGCUGUAAUAUUAAUAAUAAUAUCACAAGUAACAGAGCAGCUUUUCUAAGUAAUCACGUCAAAAAGUUAUUUCCAACUGAAGAAAAGAGUGUAUGGUAUAUAAAACACAAAAAAGGUGAAUCACAGGGUAGAGGCAAAAUUCUUACAAAAUACUAUUCAAUACGAAGAAAACUUAUUAAAGUAGGCUUGCUCAAUUUGAAAGAUGUGGUUCAAGAUGAGACUGAUAGCGAAUUAAGUAACGAUAACAAUGAAAAUAUUUUGCCUUAUGAAGAAUAUCUAUUAUGGUUACAAAAUAAUUCAAAACCGUGGCAAAAAGUUCAAGAAUAUUGGUCUUUGACUGCUAAGAAAAGAAUUAAAAAACUUUUAUCUGAUAAAGAACCUUGCCAUGAAUAUAUGGCUAAAUUUCCAGCUCUAUCUGAUUCUCUAGGUUAUACAUUGGUUGCAAUUUAAAACUUUAUCUUGCAUGGCCAAAAUUAUCUGCCUUUAUAAUCGAUAAAGUACAAUCUAAAGCCAAAAAUCGUUUGAAUAAUGUUUUUACGCCAGAUGGUUCUACAAUUGCAACAUUAUCCUUGAUAUGUCAUCUAUUUCCUGUGAUAACAGUUAAAAAAGGCCAACCGAGGAAUUGGAGACCUUCUAGAGAGGAAUGUGAAGAAGGGUUUCUUCUACAUGUAAAAACAAUUGCUGAUCUUGAAACAAGAUUACAUGAGCGAACGAUCAAAUUACAUUCAUUUGGUUUAACCUCGCAACCUAUUGCAAUAAUAGUUGGCCCUAGUUUUGACGACAUUAGUCAAUGUUUUGUUGUCAUCAAUAACUACAGGUACGAAGUGGAGACACCAUUAAAAGCCAUAGAUUUUAUUGUAAAGUCUUGCAAUGCUUUAAAUAUCCGAUAUCCUUUUGAAGUAGGCCAAGUAUUUAUGUUUUUGCAAAGAGCUGUGUACGACUUUGAAACUACGUGGGACAAGCGAAAGAAUUCCCAGCUUACUAGUGCCUUUUUAGCAAGAAUUCAAGAAUAUAAAUUACUUUAAAAUUUUAAAACGUUAAAAUUAUUCAGAUUGUAUCAUGCCUGUAUGUUUUUUAUGCAAAGAGACUAUUACGUCUGUUAAUGGUCUUUUAGUACAUUUUAACAUUAAACAUAUUGAUUCAUUAACAAUUUUUAAAUGUGGUGAAGAUGGAUGCAAUCGUAAAUGGUCUUCAUGGAAUUCUUUACGAAGCCAUUUAAUUGGAUCUAAUCAUAAUUUUCCUGCCUGGCCUGCUUCUGAACAACAUGUAUCUAAAGUAUUAAUUGAACCUACUGAAACACAAAUUGAAAGAAAAAAAGAAUCCUGUCUUAUUAGCAAUGUUAAUAUAAGUAACAAUGAUGUAAUCUCAAUAGAAUUAAGUAACAAUAAAUCUUCGUCAAUAACUCCUAUCGAAUUUAAAUCUCUCGUAAGAAAAAGUUGUGAUGCUUUUGUUGCAAAAUUGUAUUAUACAUCUUCAAUUCCGCGAAAAUACAUUCAAUCUAUUAUUCAGGACAGUUGUACAUUUCUCAUAAGUGGUCACAUUUCUAUCUUAAAAGAAAAAAUUGUUUCACAUUUUACUGCUCUAAAUUGUAAUAAUGAAACAAUGGAAAAUAUUAUAUCAAUGUUUCAUUGUUUUGAAAAUCAAUUUGAUCAUCUUAGAAAUGAAUACCAACGCAUGAAAUAUUUUAAGGCUUGUGGCAAUUAUAUAGCUCCUGUUAAAUAUUACAUACAUAAAAAAAGAAUCCGCAAAAGAAUUGGAACUUCCACUACUGAAAAAAUUAAAGAUGUUUGUGGCUAUUUCAUACCUUUGAGACAAGUAUUACAAAAAUUUUUUCAACUACCUGACGCUUUUACUGCAACAAUUUCUUAUAUUAAUUCACUUAAAAAAUCAAAUAGUGUAAAAAACUUUAUCCAAUCCAAACUUUGGCAUAGUAAAAGAGAAAGCUUUAAAAAUAAUGAUAUAGUUUUACCACUAUUUGUGUAUUACGAUGAUUGGGAAGUAAACAAUCCAUUAGGGUCACAUAGUGCUUCUCUUGGAGGAGUUUAUUGCUAUAUACCAUGUUUGCCGCCUGAAUGUAUAUCUCGUUUGGAGAAUUUCUUUUUGGUUCUUUUGUUUAAGUCUCAAGAUCGUAAAGAAUUUGGAAACAAAAAAACAUUUGCACCUUUAAUUGAGGAGCUGAAUUUUUUAGAACACGUUGGAAUAACAAUUAAUGUAAAUGGUAACAUUUAUAAAAUAUACUUUGUACUAGGUUUAUUAUUUGGUGACAAUUUGGGUCUUCACGCCAUGUGUGGGUUUGUUGAAAGUUUCCGGGCAAACUAUACAUGUAGGUUUUGCAAAUUACAUCGUACUAUUUCUGAAACUACUUGUCUGGAAGAUGAAUCUGUUCUUAGAACACGUGAAUCUUAUAGUGCUGAUGUAGCCUUAGAAAACGUUUCUUUAACCGGAAUCAAAGAAGAGUGUAUUUUUAACACAGUUACUUCAUUUCACGUAAUAGACAAUAUCUAUGUUGAUAUGAUGCAUGAUAUUGCAGAAGGUAUCGCUCACUAUGAUAUGAUUCCAAUAAUAAAUAAUUUUAUUAAUAUAGGUGAUUUUAACUUGGCAGGUCUCAAUUACAGUUUGCAAAUGUUUGAUUAUGGUCUUGAUGCACAGAAUAAACAACCUUGUAUUGCUGACGAUUUUGCAACAAAAAGCAAACUAAAAAUGACAGCCUCAGAAAUGUUAACCUUUUGUAGACUUUUCGGAAUAAUUACUGGACACCUUGUAAAAUCAUUUGAUGACCCAUUCUGGAAAUUAUAUUUGUUAUUAAAAGAAAUAAUAGAGUUUCUGUCCAGUAAGUCAGUAUCAGAGGAAUCUGCAUCUGCAUUUAAAAUAUUGGUUUUAGAACAUUAUAAUCAAUAUGUAAAAUGUACAAAUCAACGUUUAAAACCCAAACAUCACAAUUUGAUUCAUUACGCAAGUGUUAUGAUAAAAUCUGGACCAAUAAUGUUGUUAUCAGUGAUAAGACUUGAAGGCUUUCAUAAAAUUUUAAAAAAAAUUUCUACUGUUGUUACGUCAAGAAAAAAUAUUCUUCUUUCUAUUGCCAUUCGACAUCAGCUUUCGUUUUGUUAUAGACUUAUGGCUCAAAACAGCAUUGUUCCUACUAUUCAAAUUGGAUCAGGAAAAUUUUUUGAUAUUACUAAACAUGAUUAUUUUCAUUUUUUUGCGUUGUCAUUACCUAAGGAUAUAAUUUCUAAACCAUGUUUUAUUGCCAAUUGGGUUAAUUAUAAAGGUACUAAAUAUCAACCUACAAUGAUAUUGGUAUAUGGAAUUGACAAAAGUUCUUGUCCUGUUUUUGUAGAAGUUCAACUUAUUAUUAUUCAUCAAAAUGUCCCAAUUUUUGUUUGUUCUUCUUUAUUAAAUGUAGGUCUUAAUGACAACAUUGGUGGUUUUGAAGUAAAGUCGAAACAAAAUACAAAGUGGCUGUCGGUAAAAUAUGAUAAUUUGUACGACUCUUUUCCUUUAUUUGCUUAUACUGCAAGCACUGGUGAACAAUAUGUUAUUUUGCAUCAUCCUAUUUAAUACCGUAUUUUAUAAAAUAUUAAUAAAAAUUAUUCAUAUCUAUUUCUGAUUUGUACGAUAAUGAAAUAGUGCGUUUAAACUAUAUUAAAGUAAGCUAUCUUAAUUAUUAAAGGAACUUAUG